AUGAAACAUCGAAUUCGGACCCCUGAACUGCGCCUCCGGAAAUUGUGGCUGAAGACAUCAUCGGUGGCGCAUGAAUCACAUGACUGGGCUGAGGAAGCCUACGAAUCCCGCGACAACGUCGUUUCGUUGCCUCCAACUCUCUUCCUAGUGAACGCUGUUGACUAG